CAUAAUUCACACAAAAAGAAGAGGUUCUGUCUUUUCCUAUACCCUGUGUGUAAUGCUGUGGUAUUAGUAUUACUACUAUUUUAUUUUCUCUAUAAGAUCUUUUGGUAUUUUUCUCUCUACAUCUUCCAAGUCCUGUUCAGGGGCUGACACACAUAAAACACACAGAGAGAGACUACCUAACACACUACAGUGUCCAGUUGUUAAAUAAAAAUACACACACACACACAAACAGAAUCAAGUUGGUGUUUUUUUUGCUUACAACAAAGGUUAAGAGGGACUCUCUCUCACAAAGAUAGCUUAGUUUUCUUCUUCUUCUUUAACCUUCUUGUUGUGCGGGCAUUCAUGAUCUCGGCCUCACAUACACAUUACAUGAAGAUUCUCUUUCUGGGUCUUGACAAUGACAACCGUAGAGAAAUCCCUUGUUAUUAAUGUGGAGGAAUGUGGGCUCCGCCGGAGCUCCGGCACCGGCAUUAACGUGUACUCAGACUCCGGAGACAGGUCAGAUGAGGAUCAGAGACGUUCAAUUGGGUCUGAGACUGAGAUUGUUGGAGUUUCUGAUAAGGAGAGGGAAUCCUCUGUGUCAGAGUGUUCUGUGGAGGUGGAUCUGGAAUGUGGGGUGGCUGAGGAUAAGUUACAUUUGGCAAAAGUUGAGAGGGACUGCAGGAUUUGCCAUCUGAGCAUAGAUGCAGCCAAUCCUGAAUCUGGGUUUCCCAUUGAAUUGGGGUGUUCAUGUAAGGAUGAUUUAGCUGCUGCACACAAGCAAUGUGCUGAGGCUUGGUUCAAGAUCAAGGGAAACAAGACCUGUGAGAUCUGUGGAUCAGUUGCACGCAAUGUUGCUGGUGUAAAUGAGGCCGAGUUGGAGCAAUGGACUGAGACAAAUGAUGCUGCAGCAGCAGUAGCACCUGCACCUGUGCACCUUGCAGAGACUCAAAACUGCUGGCAGGGACACCGGUUUCUGAAUUUCCUGCUUGCUUGUAUGGUAUUUGCCUUUGUCAUCUCAUGGCUCUUCCAUUUCAAUGUACCCUCAUGAAAUCCUAUGGCAAGAAAUAUUGCAUUUCGCCUGGGUUGAUGAUUGAGAAGGAGUAAACAAACCCUUAUGUCUCUCUUAGCACUUCGCAAAGGUACAUCCUCAGUACCCAUAUCUCCAUACUUGCCUGGAGUUGGUAUUUCUGUAUCUGCUUGAUGUUUAUAGUAAUAGUAAAAGCAGAGCUUUAUUGGGCUGUUGUGUAAUCUAUGUUGUAUAACCCAAAAUAGUAUCAUAUUACUGUUGUAACCUUAUUGGCUUUGUUACAUUUGAAUCACAAUGUAGUCCUCUCAGUCUUUCACCUCU